CGACCGUCCCAUCGUCUCGUCAGCAGACAAUCCGCCGUUCAGUUGAGUUGGUGCUCGCUUCGAAAGCGUAUCGCGAUUUUCUCGUGUCGGGAAUUCACGACGGCGGUCCUCUCUCUUCACAUUCAGUGAUUGACAAGCUAUCACAACCCGUGCAGUGUGGUGCGGCGGAGUGUUGAUGUUUUGUUGCAGUUUGUUCCUCGGUUGAAUUCAAUCAAGUUCCGUGAGUGUCGUCAUAGUUCGCGACGUCUUCGUCCUCGUCGUCGCAAAUUUCGUCGGUGUGUAGAAUCUUGAAUGGUGCAGCAGAUGAAUAAUCGGCCGAAUGUGUGUCAAUCGGAUUGCGAUUUUGAUUCAUUGAUUAAUUUCUUUACGCGAGUUUGUCCCGUGUGAAAGGUGCACUCAGUAGUUCGAUCUAAUUUCACGGGGUUUCAAUCGAUGGAGCAUUGAUUCUGAAUAAUUCAAUGAUAUGUGGAUGCUGAUUGUGGCUUAGUUUCUGCUGUUCUCCGGAAAGAAGGCAGAAGUGGUCAAGUGUUGUGCGGUGUAGAGAAGAGCAAACGAAGCAACGAGAGUACUCACAGGUGAAGAAGAUUGAGUGAGUGCGAGUGAGAAGCAAGAAGCAAGUUACAUCGUUUUGUCUUGGCGGGUGGGUUGAGAUUGAGGAAGAAGCAGCGGGUGGUUGGCCAAGGCAACUCGAGAAGCGUGUUGGGCGCUGAGUGGAGUAGAGCGUGGUGUUUUCGCUUUUGCUUUUGGAUCAUGUUGUCUUCCUUCGGGAAGAACACGAGUCGUCGUGGUCGGUUGGUGUAUUAUUUUGAGGUCAGUCCGUGAAGAAAGCCCACAAGUUGUGAAGAGCUUCGGCGCAAGGAAAGGGAAUCCUUCUGGAAAGUUAGUGCUUAUUUGGGACUUGGUGCAACAGCGUUCUGGAUUCCGGAAAAUUGUGCAAUGCGUCUAUCGGAAUGCUGUUUGAGGUGCGAGCGUUGUUUUCGUUUUUGAUUAUCGCUUAUCACAUGGAUUCAACAACGCCUUAAGAUUUAACCGUUCGCGAAACGUGAUAAGGAAGAAUGCUAAGCGGAAUUUGAAGAAUUUCACCAUGUAAAAAGAGUGCUUUUCGGAAAUAUUCAUAUCAAUUUUUAACGAAUCCACUUCGCAUUUGAGCUCGUUCAAAUCCGAAGAUUAUUAACCAGUGCUAGUGAAGAGAAGAAGAAAAUCUGCCUUUGAUUUAUUGUCGAUUUUUGCGUUUAUGUUGGAGCUGAAAUCACUGCUCGUGGAAGAAGGUGCAUAAAGAGAAAGGAAGAAUCGAGUGAAGCAAAAAGCGAGUGAAAUCCAGUCAAGAUGAACAACAACACGGGCAGCAGCAGCAGCGGAAGCGGGGCGGGAGGGCUGGGGGGUGGCCCAAGUGGUGGCGGUGGUGCUGCAGGCAGCUCCCGGGCGGCUCAUCAUCUGCAGUCCCUGUUCAACAACUCGCUGGCCAUUCGGCAGGAGAUUCAGCGCUUCGAGAGCGUCCACCCGUCGAUCUAUGCCAUCUACCAUCUGAUCGACCUGUUGGACGACGGCCAGGUGGCGGCGCAGAUACGCGAUCACGUCGUCUGCAUUGAAGAUUCCUUCGUAAACAGCCAGGAGUGGACGAUCUCACGGUCGGUGCCGGACAUUCGACUAGGGAUUGUGGGGAGUUUGAGCUCGGGCAAGUCGGCACUGGUGCACCGGUAUCUGACCGGGUCGUACAUGCAGGAGGAAUCGCCGGAGGGCGGCCGAUUUAAGAAGGAAAUUCAGAUCGAUAACCAAAGCUACCUGCUGCUGAUACGUGACGAGGGUGGACCACCGGAGAUGCAGUUUGCCGCCUGGGUCGAUGCGGUCAUCUUUGUGUUCAGCCUGGAGAACGAGCAGAGCUUCAACGCCGUCUACACCUACUACACCAAAAUGUCCCACUACCGGAACAGUGCGGAAAUUCCGAUCAUCCUGGUCGGAACGCAAGAUGCCAUCAGCGAACGAUCGCCCCGGGUUAUCGACGAUGCCCGAGCACGGAAGCUGGCCCAGGAUCUCAAACGGUGUUCGUACUAUGAAACAUGUGCCACCUACGGUUUGAACGUGGAGCGAGUCUUUCAGGAUGCCUGCCAGAAGAUUGUUCAGCAGCGGCUCUCGACGGGUUCGACCAUCACGCCAACCAAUUCGCGACCAACGACGCCACAGGGCACCCGACUGGGGGUGGCCAGCUUUCACCCAACGACCGUUCCUAGUCCCACCAAUGGAUUUUCCUCGUCCACCGGAAGCCCAGCCAGUGGACUCACGAUGAGCAGUUCCUCGCCCAGCCAUCACAAUUCGAAUUCGCAACAACAGCAGCAGCAUCAGCAGUUGAGCCAAGGGACGAUGACCCUUCCGCACCGACACCACGUUCUUUCCGCUUCGAGUCACCACAUUCCGAUCAAAAUCAAUUCCGAAAUGUUGGCCAACGAAUCGCAGCACUUGAGCCUUUCUCAGAGGGAAUCUCAUCCUUCGCAGAAAUGGGGAACGAUCUCGCAUGGAACCUCCCAGCAGGCCCUUCUAGCGCUGACCAAUGAGAACAACAACAUCGCUAAGUUCGUGCCACCAAGUCAUCCGGUGUCUAGCGAUAGUCUUCAACCUUUAGGGCUUAUUCCACCUUCGGGUAAGGACUCGGGCGGUGGUGGGACUGGUGGCGGCGGAGGAGGCAAGGACAAGGAGUUACCGACGCCGACUUCCACCCCAACAACCUCGAGAAAAAGUCGACGAAGAUCCAAUCUGUUCAUUCCUUCCUCGUCGAAGAAGGAACAACAGGAUAAGAUCAAAAAUGGCGAACUUGGCAGUGGACGAGCGAUUCCGAUCAAGCAGGGUUAUCUGUACAAACGAAGUAGCAAGUCCUUGAACAAGGAAUGGAAGAAGAAGUACGUUACGCUUUGUGACGAUGGACGAUUAACAUACCACCCCUCGUUGCACGAUUACAUGGACGAUGUCCACGGGAAGGAAGUAUCCCUGCAGUACGUAACGGUCAAAGUGCCGGGACAGAAACCUAGAGGCUCCAAAUCUAUCAUUACCAAUAGUGCCCUGACGGGAGCGAACGCCACAGCACCGAUCGUUAACGGGAAAAUGACCGGAUCCACUGGAUCCCAGACCGGCGGAAGCAACGGCCUUACCGAAGGCAUCGGAGGCCUCUCGCUGGCCAAGGAUCGUAAAAUGACGGAGAAAGUUCUGCUGACGGCAUUCGACACCCUUAGGGAACCGGUGAAAUCCAACUCCCAGACCAGUGGCGAUGAGGGCAUUGUGAUCAGCAACAGCAAUUCGCAGAGCUUCAUCGGUUCGGAUGGCAACACCAGCAAAAUGGAUGCCCAAACGCCGAACGUGAAGAAGCGCCACCGACGGAUGAAGAGCAGUGGUGUGGGAAAGAACAACGAGUAUGACGAUUCCGACGGGUUCGAGUUCUACAUCGUUUCGCUCGAUAACAAGCAGUGGCACUUUGAGGCGAGCAAUUCGGAGGAACGGGACGAGUGGGUGUCGGUCAUCGAGCAGGAGAUCUUCAAAUCGCUGCAGGGGAUCGAGUCGUCCAAGUCGAAACCGCUCAACCCGAGCGACAUCGCUUCGAUGCAAUCGAUCCGGAGUCGGGUGCCGGGCAAUGGGUACUGCGUGGACUGUGAUUCGCCAAAUCCGGAAUGGGCCAGUUUGAAUCUGGGUGUGCUUAUGUGUAUCGAGUGUUCCGGAGUGCACCGGAAUCUCGGCUCGCACAUCAGCAAAGUACGAUCUCUGGGACUGGAUGAGUGGCCUCCCGGCCAUCUCAGCGUGAUGCUCGCCAUCGGCAACAGUCUCGCCAACUCGGUCUGGGAAUCCAACACCCGCGGCCGGGUGAAACCUACCCCCGCCAGUUCCCGAGAGGAGAAGGAAAGCUGGAUCCGGCUGAAGUACGAAGCUAAAGAGUUCCUGCCUACGUUCAGCCCGUCGCCUCCCAUUGGGCACCAGCUGCGGGAAGCCGUCGUUCGGUCCGAUAUGAAGGCGAUAAUCAUCCUGCUGGCGAAUGCUACCGCCGAACAUAUAAAUUCCACCGUUAGCAGUCGGGACCUGCGGACGCCUCUGCAUCUGGCUUGCGCCAUCGGAAACCUGGCAAUCUCGCAGUUGUUGAUUUGGCACCACGCCAACCUGAAGCACAUCGACCACGAGGGCCGAUCCUGUCUAACGUACGCCAAGGCGGCCAAUUCGUUGGCUGCGGCCCGCCAAGCAAGCAAUACCCCGCACCACGUGAACGUGGAAACGACUUCGGCACUGGUCGAACUGCUGACCAGCCUCGGUUGCACGGAUCCGGCGCCAUUCACGGCCAGCGGAACUCUCCCCAGGCGGCGGGAAACCAUCGAUCAAGGCACGUUCGAGAAGUUCUCCUCGAACAUUAUCUGAGGCAAGUAAGUGGCUAGUAACCGACCUACCCAAAAUUGAACGGGACGUAACAAAUUUAGACGAAACCCUAGUUUAAAAAUUUCGGAUAUGUUCAACAAGCAAAAGCAAACGCGAAAACAAUGUGAUCCCUCUAUUUAGAAGAAUGUGGAAAUGACAAAAUAUUCAUCAGGAAACGAACGGAUAAACUUGAUCUGGUUUUAUUUAUCGUACAUCUAAGUGAAUGCAAAAGGCAAAGGUACCAAUUUGUUUAAUUGAAAUCCAAUGAACCACCCCCUGUUAAGUUGUGAGACAGAGCUGACAGAUGUAUCCUUUAGAAGUUUAAGAAACGCGGUUCAAAUGUUCAAAAUUUGUUGUUUUAUGUAAAGAUUUUUCCUGAGACUAAUUUUAUGUUGGAUUUUUUUUUUGUAAAUACUAAUGCUUAUACACUCGAAUGGACCUGUAUGUACAUUAAACUGACCGAUUUAGUUUUAGAAGCUUCAUAUUGGCUUGAUAAGUUUAGAUCAAAACGCACCGUCUACUUAAGAGAAUUAUCACCACACAGUACACUGUUGAUUUGAUCACUAUUCCAUCAAUUCCCAUUUUUAUACCAUUAUUGCUUUUUAUAGUUCCAAUUUCUUGUUAUUUAGUUUAUGUUGUUUCUACUAAUCGAAUUCAUAUCAAAAGAAACCAAUUUCUUUUGUUCGUUCCCCCGUUUACCCUACCUUAUAGAUUAUUGUUCCCCCCAAAGAAUGCCAAAUUGUAGUGUGCAGGAAAAUCGUACUCUUAAAAACAACCCAGCUAACUAAAAUGAAACAAAACUUAUCGGAAAUGCUUUUCAGAGACAUGGGCAACAUACCUUACUAGCAGUUACGUUUAGCGAAACAUUAUCAAACAGAGAAUUAUUCAGCGAAAUUUGCGUAGUUAAAAAGAGAGCACCCUUAACAAUCGAUCACUACCUUUCUUAGAAUCAGAGCAGAAACAUGUAGCGUUAUCUUAGAAUCAACAACAAAAAUCAGAUCCUAAUACAAAAAUAUAGUAAUUUAGCAACAGUUUAGACAGUCCCCGCAAGGGCGGUAAUGAUGGCAUUUCCCCGUUAGAUACAGUUCAAGUAAGCCGCAAACUAUAUGAUAGAGUAAAAAAAAACUCCCUCACAAAUUAAUCUGAUCCUUCUCCCCGCCCGAAUCCCGCAUUAUUGUGUGCAGCUGCAGCAGUGUGUAGAAAGAUCAUUCGGCUACAGCAGUAGGAUAUUGAUGAAAAAACAACAUUUAUGCUAACUCAAAAAAACCGUUACAUAACAGACAACCGAUAGUAGCCGAUCGGACAAAUAUCAACAGCAGCCGGACACAGUUAUAGCGAAAUUACGUUUAACCUCCCCCACUCAAUGGUGGUGCGUGAAAAUUUAGAAUGAGAAGAUGGCGUGCGUAUGUAAAGAAGAGUAGUGGCAGAAGAAGAUACAAAAUGGCAGAAAAUAAAAGCGAAAAUUAUGUGAAAGUAUUGAA